CUCUCUUCAAUGGCAGUAUAUGUGAAUCACACUGCACUGAAUAUCAGUGAUUCCAGUCUAUCCAGUUCAGCUGAGCCUAUUGUUGUAUCUACUAGUAAGUUCAGGUUCACUGGGUCUGAGGUUAUAAAAGAGAGUGAUACAGUGAUCACUGUUGAUGAGAAUGAGGAGCUCUCUCCUGGUACCAGUGUGAAGACCACUGGGGAGAUACUGGAGUGGAUCAGACGUAGACUGGAGGGACACCUGGUGGUCACUGGUCGAGGGUAUGUGACGCUGGGUGACUUGAAAUCAGCAGUAGAUACUGACCUACCAGGUUUUGCCUAUCACUUGUUCCAGUUGAUUGACGUCCAUCAGUCUGGUAGUAUCAGUCAGCAAGAACUGAUUGGAGGAUUAAGCAGAUUAACAGUUAAAGAGACUAAGCAUAAGAUCCUCUCUUGGUUUGAGACAUUAUUUAUUGAAACAGCUGGAGAGGAUCAGCUCCUCCAACCUGAUGAAUUCAAAAAGGCACUGGAAACAGACGGAUUUCUUGAUAAAUUGUUCUUAUUAAUGAAUGUCAGUGGUUCUGGUAAAAUGACAGUACCUCAAAUGCUGGACUCGUUAAGUAAACUCUCCUGUGUUGAUAAAGAUGCUAACUGGUUGCUGUGGUUUGAGACUCAGUUUAUUUCUAUUGCUGGUGACGAUCGACAGAUCGACUUUGAAGGAUUCAGAAAGGCACUUCAUUUAUCACAAUCUUCAUUCUUUGCUAGUCGUUUCUUUUCAAUAUUUGAUAAAGAUGGGAAUGGGUCCAUUAGCCUCAAUGAGAUGAUUAAUGGAGUCACUUUAUUGAUGAGUGGGACACAAUUGGAUAAACUCAAGUUUCUUUUUCAAGUUUACGAUGUUGAUGGUGAUGGUAGUAUUGAUUAUGAUGAAUUAAAGAUUAUCCUCAGAUCAUGUACCAGUGAAAGUUCACUGAGAAUUAAUGAAGAGAAUUUAGACACACUAACAAACGCUCUGUUUGAUUUUGCUGAUGCUGAUAAAAAUGGGAGCAUUUCCUUUGAAGAACUGAAGAAUGUUUUUGAUAAAUAUCCGGACAUUAUUGACAACUUAACAAUCAGUGCUUCUAAUUGGCUCAAGCCUCAAAAAUUUAGUCAAAAUAAGAAACUUUCGGAGAGACUUUGGCCUUCUUGGUUGUCAUGGAAUCGCAUCAGAAAUGAUUUGUCGUAUUUCAUCUUCUUAUCUGUGUUCUUUAUGAUUAAUAUUGUUCUGUUUGUGGAGGCAGCAAUCAGAUAUAGGAAAUCAAUGUUUCUAAUAUCAAUAGCACGAGGGGCAGGUGCUUGUCUCAACUUCACUCCAGUGGUUGUCCUUAUACUGAUGUAUCGUCACAUUGCUACACUUAUUAGAUCAACAAGACUCUCUUUUCUAUUUCCACUGGACAAGUUCAUUAAACUACACAAGGUUGUGGGGUAUACUAUCAUUGCACUGUCUCUUGUUCAUUUUGUGGCACAUCUUGCAAAUUUCAGUUACAUUGAGAUUGAUGACAGUAUAUAUUCUAAUUAUUCAAUGGUCCAUUACUUGUUUGGUGUCGGUACUAUUGGUUGGGUCUAUGGUACUGCUGGACUAACAGGAUUCCUAUUACUAAUAAUACUAAUAAUAAUGUGUGUGUGCUCACUGCCUGUUGUGAGACGUAAAGGAAAGUUUGAGAUAUUCUACUGGUCGCAUUGCUUGUACAUCAUGUGGUAUAUUGUAUUGAUACUUCAUGGGCCUCACUUCUGGAAGUGGUUCAUUGGUCCUGCUAUUGUCUUUAUUAUUGAGAAGAUAUUUCGGUCAAAAUUAUUUCAAAUUAUUCAUUAUGGACGGACUUAUAUUGAAGAAGUGAAUCUCCUACCAUCCAAAGUGACACAUCUCUCCAUAACCAGACCUCCUAACUUCAACUAUCAACCAGGAGACUAUGUCUUCAUUCAGAUACCCAGUAUCACUAGGUAUGAGUGGCACCCAUUCACUAUCAGUUCAGCCCCAGAGAUGAGUGAUGUCUUCUGGUUACACGUUAGAGGAGUGGGUAGUUGGACUAAUGGACUCUAUGAACAUUACAACAAUACUUACAAUGAUGAGUCUACUACUGGUACUGCUCCUAGUUCCCCUACUGCUACUGGUAAUAUACUGGAGGAGGGGCAUGAGGAUAUUCUACUGUUGUAUUGUGUACAUUAUAAUGUACAGUGUUUUAAGGGGGUCAGGGACAUCUUAGAAUUUUCAUGCCCCCCUCAUUAAAGUUAAUGAACACAAGCAUAAUAUGAAUAGUUAAUUUAAAGAACUGAGCAAUUUCCUUUAGUAAAUUAAUGUACAUUGUAC